AUACACCCACAGAAACAGGACACUAGCGGCCGUCGGAUGAAUGUUUACCGAGCAGGCAUAGAGUGGUGGUGAGGGAAGUGACAGUCACACUGGAGGCUUGGUGAAUGGUGAAACGCAGGUGAUUUCAGCUUCCACGGUCUCACUUCACAGCGGAAUGUUCACUCGAAGGGGACAUGGAGACGUCAAGAAAUCUACACAGAAAGUUUUGGACCCAAAGAAGGAUGUACUGACCCGACUCAAACACCUCCGUUCACUGUUAGAUGUCAUUGACAAGAGUGAACUGAAGGUGUUCUUUGAAAGCAACUGUUCUCAGAUUUAUUUUAUCUUCUAUGAAAGUUUCGUUACACUGGAAAGCAACUUAAAACAAAAAGGGAACAAAUCUCAAAGGGAGGAGCUGGACUCUAUCCUCUUUAUUUUUGAAAAAAUUCUCCAAAACCUGCCUGAGAAAAUCUACAACCGAUGGCAGUUUCACAGUAUAGGUUCUAUUCUAAAAAAGCUUCUACACACUGGAAAUUCAUUCAAAAUCCGCUGUGAGGGAAUCCGUCUCUUCCUGCUGUGGCUGCAGGCCCUGAGGGACAACUGUGCUGAGGAGCAGUUCCUUAUCUUUGCCUGUCUGGUGCCAGGAUUCCCCGCUGUGCCCUCCUCUAGAGGGCCCUGCACUCUUGACACAAUCAUUUACAACCCAUUCUCCAACCCCGCUGAUGCAAAGGUUGUGCCUGAGGAGAUUACUCCACUGCUUCCAGCUGUGGUAGGAGAAAAGGUUGCAGAUGACCAGACCUGUUACAUCCUUGAAACCCUUCUCAAGUACAUGGUCAUCCAGGCGUCCAGUUUAGAAUGGAAGAACAAAGAAAACCAGGACACUGGCUUCAGGUUUCUCUUCAGCCUUUUCAAGAAGUACUACCUUCCACAUCUAUUCCCCUCCUUCACCAAGCAUACAAAUCUCUACAAGCCUUUAUUAGACCUACCCCACCACAGACCAAAACCCUUGUACGUGCCAGUGACACGAAACAAUGAAAGCACCUUCUGCACCAGAGAUCAGUACCUGGCACCCCGUGUGGCCUUCAUCACCUGGCUGGUCACCUUCUUCCUGGAGAAGAAGUAUGUCAGCAGCGCUGUCGCGGUGCAGGGCACCAAGAACGGCACUGAGGUCAUUCCCAAACUCAUCCAGACUGUCACUGCAGGCAGUAGCAGCCAGGAUAAGGAUAGGACAUCAGAUGGGGAUCCUACUGGGCCAGCGGGGGAGCCUGAGAAGAGCCACUCCAACAGCAGCACGCUGUCAGACCGACGGCCAAGUGAUUCCAGUUUGUGUAGCAUUGAGGAGGAGCACCGUUAUGUCUAUGAUAUGGUGCAUGCAAUCCUGCUGUCCACCAGGGACAAUGUGAAUUUUGUCAACGAGGUCUUCCACCAGGCCUUCCUGUUGCCGUCCUGUGAGGCAUCAGCAACCAGGAAGGUGAUCAAAGUGUACAGGAAGUGGAUCCUGCAGGAGAAGCCCAGCUUUAUGACAGAGCCUGACAAAAACACCCAGAAAGAUGAAGUGGACGACAGCUCUAGACAGAUACUUAGCCUGGAGGCAAACAGCAUGCAUGCACAGGUAAUCGAGAGUCACGGCCACAAGCGGUCCUCCAGCUGGGGGAGGACUUACUCGUUCAGCAGCGCCAUCAGUCGUGGCUUUCUCACAGAGGAGCAGAACAGGGACGUCAAAGCUGGUAUCCAGCCCACACUACAGGUGUUCUUGACCAAUUCAUCCAAUGUGUUCCUGUUGGAGCCGUGCCAGGAUGUACCAAAACUACUGGACAACCAGGUUGAAGUGUGCAAGGGUGUUCUCAGCAUCUAUAGGCACAUGAUCAUGGAGCACACGAUGAACACACAGACAUGGGAACAGUUGCUGCAGGUACUGCUGAGGAUCACAGAGGCGGUGAUGAAGAGGCCACAGGAAAACCAAAGAAAAGACAGCUUUGCUGAAAGUUUAGCCUCGAUACUCUUUAGGACCAUCAUUGUGGCGUGGGUGCGGGCCAACCUGUGCGUAUUUAUCUCCCGGGAACUAUGGGACGAGCUGCUGGCAGUGCUGUCCUCUCUUACCUGCUGGGAGGAGCUGGUGACAGAGUGGGCCAGCAUCAUGGAUUCGCUGACGGCUGUGCUGGCACGCUCCAUUUAUGGCCUGGACAUGGCCAACUUGCCUCUGGACAAACUCAGCGAACAGAAGGAGAAGAAGCAGAGAGGACGUGGAGUGAUUCAGGACUCCCAGAAGGCAGCAGCUGUAGCGCGUUCCUUCUCACUGAGUUGGCGAAAUCAAGGGGAGCAGAGCGGGCCAGGAGUCCAGGAGCCCAUGAGGAUUCGUUCCGCCACUACAUCGGGAGCUCCAGGUGUAGAGAAAGCACGUAACAAUGUUCGACAGAAGGCCUCCGCUAAGCGAAGCCAGUCAAUCAGCAACUGUGUCCAUCUAUGCGAGGCUUUGCCAACUGCUAAAAGUGUUCCUAUGCUGCUCCACACUGUGAGCUCUUUCUUACCUGGUAUCUCUUCUGGUAACUCUGCUUGCUCUCAUAGACUCUCAGAUGUGGAGGAGUGUCAGCUGUCAGAAUGUGGAGGAGAGGAGGAGCUUGGAGGUGGAGAAAGUCCUCUGCCACGUAGCAGCAGCACCUCAGACAUCACCCAACAAGUGUCUGACACUUUACCAGCCCAGAAGAGAGAGUACUCCCCUACUUCAUGUGGCUCUGAUAGCAGGACAUCUGAGGGAAGGAGAGAGAGUAGUGAGCCACCAGUGAUCCUCAUUCGGCAGAGCAGCAGUCCAGCCGAGACAGAGUGCAAUUCUGAGGGACACACAAACUACUCUAGACCCAAACUCAGAGAGAAAAGUGAGAGUAUAAGCAGUGAGACGUCCAACGGCUACCUCAACGAGGCCGAAGUUACCUGGCAAGCCUUUGAUGAUGAGGCUGACACUCAGUCCACACAGUCAGCUCACAUGGACGUGACAUCUGACCCCCAGAGCCAGGGUAGUUUGCUUCUCAGCCACAAUGAGGCUCUCGCAGGUCCUGAGUGUUCCCUUUCUCCCCACUCUGCAUCCUUGUCCUACCACCACCACAACCACUACCACUACCCCCAGAUCCCGCCCUCUUCACCGGCCCUGCUGGUGCACACAGAGUGCCCCCUGGAUGACAACAUGCAUCAGUCUGUCUUACACAUGCCACAUCACUUGGACAGCAGUGAGUGUCUUGCUGAUGAUGUCAGCAUCAUUGCGGGUGGGACCCUGACUGGUUGGCAUGCUGACUCUGCCUUUGUCCUGUGGAGGAGGAUUUUGGGUAUCCUUGGAGAUGUGAACAGCAUUCGAUGCCCCAAAAUCCAUGCCAAGGUCUUUUCCUGUCUUUAUGAGCUCUGGCACAAGCUGGCAAAGAUCCGGGACAAUCUUGGGAUCAGUGUGGACAACCAGUCCUCUCCACCUCAGCCUGCCUUCAUCCCUCCUCUUCGAAUGCUGGCCUCCUGGCUAUUUAGGGCAACAAUGCUGCCUGCUGAGUACAAGGCUGGUAAGCUGCAGGCCUACAAGCUGAUCUGUGAGAUGAUGACCAGGCAACAGGAUGUUCUCCCCAACAGCGAUUUUUUGGUACACCUCUACCACAUCAUUCACAAGGGCGUCACCAGCGACGACCAGGAUGUUUUGAACACCAUGAUCCGUUCCUGCUCUCCUCGUUUCUUCUUCCUCGGCCUGCCAGGCUUCACUAUGCUUGUUGGAGAUUUCAUCACUGCUGCCGCCUGCGUUCUCAGCUCCGGCUCAUCAGAGGCUCCAAGGAUGGAGGCUCAGACAAUCCUGGGCUCCCUGGUGUGUUUCCCCAAUCUUUACCUCCAGAUUCCUAUACUGCAGCGUGUGCCUGGCUCUGAUGACAUUGUUGCAGGCAAUGAGGAUCUCAAGGAUUAUUUGGUCAACAUCCUGCUAGAGACUGCAACAAAGGAACACUGUGAAGGGGCAAGGUGCAUUGCAGUAUGUAGUCUGGGUCUGUGGACGUGUGAGGAGCUGAUGCAAAAAAACAUCCACCACCAGGUUAAAGAUGCCAUCAAUGUUCUGGGAGUAACACUAAAGUUUGGAAACAAAGCAGUAGCUCAGGUAGCCUGUGACGUGUUUCAGCUGCUCAUCUCUCACUGGGAACAUCUCCAGAGAUUGGAGUCAUCUCUGCCGAAGAAAAUCAUUGAGAUCUUUGUGGCCACAAUAGCCUUUUUGUUGCCGAGCGCAGAGCACUCAACAGUGGAAGCUGACAAAAAGUUGAUGGUGUCCCUGCUGCUCUGCCUGUUGGAGUGGUGCAUGGCUGUCCCACUAAGCUUGCUCCUGGAACCGAUCACAAUGCCUUGGCUGGAGGACCACACAUCCCACAAAGCCCCACUGCUGGACUACAUCUACAGGGUGCUGCACUGCUGUGUGGCCGGCUCCAACUUGCACACCCAACAGAGCCACUACCUCCUCAGCCUGUCAGACUUGUCAACUGACUAUGAUCUUAUGUUGGGUCAGGUUAAGAGUUUUGAGCCGCCACCUUCUCAGACAACCAGCACUGACUUUGGGAGCCUGCUCACUGUAGCUGAGGAAAAGAGACGUCGGAACAUGGAGCUGAUACCCUUGACAGCGCGGAUGGUCAUGACACACCUUGUGAACCAUCUGGGCCAUCAUCCACUGAGUGGUGGUCCUGCUCUUCUCCAUAGUCUAGUGAGCGAAAAUCAUGACAACCCAUACGUGGAGUCUUCAGAGCUCUCCUCUGAGGUCUUCAAAAGUCCCAACCUGCAGCUGUUUGUCUUCAAUGAAAGCACGCUGGUGUCCUACCUGCAGAUUCCUUCUGAGACCCCUACUGUUGGACAGCCCCCCCAACCUUCCUCCCAAGUGCGGGUCAUUGUCCGGGACAUAUCGGGCAAAUAUUCAUGGGAUGGCUCAAUCCUUUACUGCACCACCAAUGAAGACUCUGAUGACGUGGGAGUUUUUAAUGAAGUUGAUAUCCCUGUAUCAACUACUGCAACUGUCAGUCAAAGCGGGAACCAGCAGAACUCUCCAACAAAGGGGCUGUACAAAAGUAAAUGCUCAGUGUCAGACUGCUUUGAGGAGGAAGAAGUAGAUAUUCUGGAUAGGCUUUUGGAGGACCUGGGCCACAGCAGCCCAGAAUGCUUGCCCCAGCCACAACUUAGGCUCAACCAGCCUGCCCCCUCACCCCAUGGUAUGAACCUGGAGCAAGAGAGUGCCAUCCUGGAGGCCAUUCUGCGUCAGACUCAGAGGGAGGAGGAGCAAGUGAAGAGGUGGGAUGCUGACGUAAGCUUUCGGGCUGCCUGCCAGAAGGAACCAUCCCACCAGGAACCAAAAGCUCCUUUCUACUUCUGUCGCCUGCUGCUUAAUGACCUUGGCAUGAAUUCUUGGGACCGCAGGAAAAGUUUCCAUUUGUUGAAGAAAAACUCUAAACUCUUGAGAGAACUGAAGAACUUGGAUUCCAGACAGUGCCGAGAGACUCACAAGAUUGCAGUCUUUUACAUCGGAGAGGGACAAGAGGACAAGUGCUCAAUUUUGUCGAACAGCGCCGGCAGCCAGGCGUAUGAAGACUUUGUGUCUGGACUGGGAUGGGAGGUGGACCUGGCCACACACUGUGGCUUUAUGGGUGGCCUACAGAGGAAUGGCAGCACAGGUUUAACAGCUCCUUAUUAUGCUACCUCCACUGUGGAAGCUAUCUUCCAUGUCUCCACUCGUAUGCCAUCUGAUUCUGAUGACUGCCUCACCAAAAAGCUGCGUCACCUGGGAAAUGAUGAGGUGCACAUAGUGUGGUCAGAGCACACCAGGGACUACCGACGUGGCAUCAUCCCAACUGACUUUGGCGACGUGCUGAUAGUCAUCUACCCAAUGAAGAACCACAUGUUUUUUAUUCAGAUCAUGAAGAAACCACAGGUUCCUUUCUUUGGGCCUCUGUUUAAUGGCGCCAUUAUUACUGGGAAGCUGCUGCCAAGCCUGGUGCGGGCCACCUGUAUCAAUGCCAGCAGAGCUGUCAAGUCCCGACUGACACUCUACCAGAGCUUCUAUGAGGAGCGAGCACUCUACUUGGAGGCCAUUGUUCAGAACCAUAGAGAGGUCAUGACCUUUGAAGACUUCGCCUCACAGGUCUUCUCCCCCUCUCCUGGCUAUCCAAUGAGUGGAACAGCGUGCAGGCGUUGGCCGGGGAUGGUUUGGGACAUGGAGUACCCCUGGGCCAAACUGGACUGCUCCUUCACCGGCAGCGUGAGCACCGAAGCUGGAAAUACCAUAGGAACGACGGACUCUGUCGACCAGGUGUCUCCCACAAUGCCCCGUGCCACAAAGAACCGGGUUUCGGGAAAACUGCGCCGAUCAGCCAGCGCUAUUAGCAAAUCCUCCAACUGAGCUCUUCAAUCCGUCCCCCUUUUUCCUCAAUGCAGCCUUUAAUCUUUCUCGAAAGAACCUCACACACCCAGCCGUGACUGCAAGAGUCAUCUUUUUAUGUUUGUUUGUUUGCCGUGUCUCGUUUCUCUUUGUUUGAUUUUGUGUCAUGUUAACAUGCAACUGGAGCAUAUUGCAAUUUUUAAUUUAAGUGGCGAUCAUUGAUAUUGUUGAUACAUUUCCAUUUAUUGUGUUUGACUACUAAAUCUGAAUAGACAUGUGACUAAGCUAUUUAUGUUCAAUCUAGUGGUUUCAGCUUAAUGAUCUGCAGCAUAGGAAGACUGUACUGAGAAGUCUUAAAGCAAAUGUCAUUUUUAUGUUUUAUUUUCUUGUGCAGUGUCGAUGCACUUAGAGAAUAAAGUUCUUACUCUAGUAUCAAGGGGGGGGGGGGACUGCUUUACCCUGUUUCUACAUCUCAACACUUAAUGUGAGGAAGCACUGAAUGACACUGCUGUGAAUGGCAUCAUGCAAAAACUGCACAUGAGAUUGGUAUCCAUUUAUAAAUGAGUCUGCCUUUUUACCUCCUUCUGCACCUGUCGCAAUCUUUCUGUGUCGAAGAUACCAGUCAGUCAGUGACGGGAUAAUGAUGCCCUGCUCGGUAGCACCAGUUGGGACAAUGUUUGUGGACCAUCUCCUUUCGGUGAAGAGGGGAUAAAUCUAAUGCAUGGGGAAACCUCCCCAGAAUGAUUUGUACUCACUGCACUACUACAUAGACUUCCUGUGCAGCGUGUCCAUGUAGUAUGUGCCCAGAGUCUUUUAAAUUGUUUUGAACCAGGAGUGGACAAUCAAUGAUGUCUAUCUAACUUGUUUUUCUUUUUUUAACUCUAGAUUUCCUUUUUAAAUGAAUUCCGAUGGAUUGUGUCACGAUUUGAUUUAUGCAACGUUGCUGGAAUGAGAAAAAACUGCGUUUGUAAUUGUUUUCUGAUGUCGUUAACAUGGGCUCUAGUCCGGUAAUUGAAUAAGUUCCUCCUGUCUCUUUCCUCUGCUAUCAGUUUCCUUGUCGUUUGGAUCCAAGACAUCGACAUUCCAACGUUUCCGACCGACGUUUUUGCACUCACUGUCAUUGAUUAACUACCAUUGAAUGUUUUCUCUUUGUUUCUGGAUGUAAAUUGCUUUAAGUUUUAUUUGUUGAUGUAUAUAGAAAGGACUAUUUGAUGAAUUAUUUUGCUGUCAAGUUGUUUUAUGUGUUCAUGUGCUGUUUAGAGGAAAAAUGCCGCCAGAGCCUCAGGUGAAUCUUAAGUCCAUGCACUGGUGUUUGUGUGUGUCGAGUGUGAGUGUGUGUGUAUGUGUGAGUUCCUGAGGGAGCUUCUUUCUCACAGUGCCUGUGAAAUGUCUGUCCUCUAAGAUGCUGUCCCACGCCACCUCUAGUCCCUAUAUAUAUGAUUUUAGUUUCUCUUCUUCAUUGUCUGAGAAUAAUCAUGGCCACCCUGCAUCCCAUCUCCUUGUAAUCGCUCUAAUACAAACUGUUCCUCCCUGCGUUUCUAAUGAUCUGCGUCUCAUGCUUCCCACGACAAAAAACAACAACAGAUGGAUUUGGAAUGGUGGCAACGGCUGUUUAGUCUUUACUAUACAUGGUGUGCUACUCCGUAUUUUUCUGUGAAAUUUAAUCAAGUGGCACCAACUCCCCCCUCUUUCCCAUGAUCCUCUCUUUCCCCAUGUCGCCUUCUGAGGCCUCCAGUAGGGGUUGCAGGGGGAGAGGGUGGUUGGUUUAGACGGCAUGCCAGAGCUGAACUCUCAACAGCCUUCCUAGCAACAACCGGCACUCUCACUUCUUCAACCUGCCUGCUCAUGUUGUCAUGGUAGCCAGGUGUUCCCCACACACACACACACACUCACACACCCUCUGAGGGCUCCACCCAAGCUGCAACACUAUCCCCAUCUGUUGCACGACUAUGCCUUACUUUCCCCAUGCUCUCCUGUCAUUCCAGCUCACUAUCUCGCCUCCUUUUGUUUGUUCAUUCCUGGAGCAGAAAAUGGGGAAUCCAAACAGCAGGAGUAUUGACAGAUCUUUAUUUUUCUUGUGCUUUUGUUUAUUUGAAGAAUGUAUAGCUAUUUAAGCCUGGAUCACAUCUAUGGUUUUUAUUUUCCCCAAAGCCACUUGAAGGAACCUCGUAGGAUGCUGAUCUAAAGAUUGUAGGUUAUAGAUGAUGUCUGUUGAAGGGGUCUGUGCUCCCCCUUUGGUGGCUUAGUUGCUGGAGAUGUUAGUUUUGGACCAAGAUAAAGAUUGUGUGUCUUAUAUACGUGAAGAAAAUGAGCUAGUGUUAGUUCUAGUAUGUUUUUUUUCUUCUCUUCUCAUUUUAGAAAUCCUUGUACAUUGUGUCAAAUUUGAGGGCUUCAGCCACCUCUGAAUAGAAAUAUAUUAAUUAAUGCCUGUAAUAUAAUCUUUGUAUAAGAGAAAGAGGGGAAAAAAAGCUUGAAGAUUUCAUCAUUUUACCUGUCAACAUAUCAAACUGUUUUUAAUGACCGAAGUCCUGCUAUCUUUAUUAGAAAUGUGAAAAUUGAAACAUUUCAUUAAAUCAAUUUGAAGUUCUA